AUGCCUACCACCCCCGCUGCUUGGAGACAGGCUUCUCUUGCCUGUUCUCGGCGCUUAUCAUCGUCCUAUGGAUCAUGGACUGCUCCUCGCCGCGUCCUCGCCACUGGUUUCCGCGGAGCUCGAUCCUAUGUCACCGAGAGCAAGGCCGACCAUGCUCAAGUUAACAUCGAAACCGCUAUCAAGGAGGAACAAAAGUCGUUUAUGAAGCAGGCUGGCGUUGCCCCAGGAAGUCUCAAUAUGCCCGGCUCCGGAGUCUCGGGCGACGCUGCCAUGAGCCCGUCCGCUGGCAUCCUUAAGCAGGCUACUGUUAUGGACCAGGGUACCCGCCCCAUCUAUCUCGAUAUGCAGGCCACCACCCCCCUCGACCCCCGCGUUCUCGACGUUAUGCUUCCCUAUCUUACCGGCAUCUACGGAAACCCGCACUCGCGCACGCACGCCUACGGUUGGGAGUCCGAGAAGGCCGUCGAGGAGGCCCGUGAACACAUCGCCAAACUGAUUGGAGCCGACCCCAAGGAGAUCAUCUUUACCAGCGGCGCGACCGAGAGUAACAACAUGAGCAUCAAGGGUGUCGCAAGAUUCUUCGGACGCUCCGGAAAGAAGAAGCACAUCAUCACAACCCAGACUGAGCACAAGUGUGUCCUUGACAGCUGCCGGCAUUUGCAAGAUGAAGGCUUUGAGGUUACCUACUUGCCCGUCCAGUCCAAUGGUUUGAUUCGCAUGGAAGAUCUCGAGGCUGCUAUGCGCCCCGAAACUUGCAUUGUCAGCAUCAUGGCUGUCAACAAUGAGAUUGGUGUGAUCCAGCCCUUGGAUGACAUUGGUCGCCUCUGCCGCUCUAAGAAGAUCUUCUUCCACACCGACGGUGCUCAGGCCGUCGGCAAGAUUCCCCUCGAUGUCAACAAGUCGAACAUUGAUUUGAUGUCUAUUUCCAGCCACAAGAUCUACGGUCCCAAGGGUAUCGGUGCUUGCUACGUUCGUCGUCGCCCUCGUGUUCGUCUUGACCCUCUUAUCACUGGUGGUGGUCAAGAGCGUGGCUUGCGCAGCGGUACCCUGGCCCCGCAUCUGAUUGUUGGAUUCGGUGAGGCCUGCCGCCUCGCCCUGCAAGAUAUGGAGUACGACACAAAGCACAUUGAGCGUCUAUCAAAGCGCUUGAGCGAAGGCUUGCUCUCCAUGGAGCACACCACCCUCAACGGUGACCCCGAUGCCCACUACCCCGGUUGUGUGAACAUCUCUUUCGCCUAUGUCGAGGGUGAGUCCCUCCUGAUGGCACUCAAGGAUAUUGCUUUGUCCUCCGGAAGUGCCUGUACUUCCGCCUCGCUGGAGCCCAGUUACGUCCUCCGUGCCCUGGGUAGCAGUGAUGAGAGUGCUCACAGCAGUAUCCGUUUCGGUAUCGGCCGUUUCACCUCUGAUGCUGAGAUGGACUACGUCCUCAAGGCUGUCCGGGAACGUGUACACUUCCUGCGUGAGCUGAGCCCGCUCUGGGAAUUGGUGCAGGAGGGUAUCGAUUUGAACACCAUUGAGUGGAGCCAGCACUAG